CCUGUCCGAGAUCCCAUCCGGUAGUCGAGCGCACCCACGAGGCCACGACCAAGCACACGCACCCACGCAGGCACGCAGCAAUGGGCGUCGUCUCGGCGGUGGCGGACGCGGUGGUCGUCCUCUUCUCCCUCACCAUCGUGGUGGCGGCCCCGCUGAUCGACGGGCAGUCCCUCCUCCCGCACACCCUCUACCCGGCGCCGCUGCGGGACCUCAAGCGCUGGUACGCCGCCGAGUUCGGCGACUACCUCAUGGCCCAGCCGCCGGCCUUCCUCCGCGGCCUCUUCUGGCUCGAGCUCGCCUUCCUCUGGCCACUCGCCGUCGCCACCCUCUACGGCGUCCUCGCCAGGCGCCGCUGGGCCGCCACCACCUCCCUCAUGGCCGGCGUCACCACCCUCACCUCCAUGUCCGCGAUACUUGGUGAACUGCUGGGCUCAGGAAGAGCAACACCGAAGCUGCUUCAGGUGUAUGGUCCGUACAUUGUGUUUGCAGUGAUUGCAAUUCUGCGUGGCCUCUGCUCUUGUUCGGCGCCUUCCACCGCUGCAUCCAAUGCUCAAAAGACAAGGAAGAAGAGGGUCUAGAUCAAACAUGCUUUUCUGAUAUUUCAGGAGCCAUGUUAUAAAAAUUCAAGUGACACUUGAUGUAAGAUGAUUUGUUAUGAGAAAUUUUGUUGAACAUUCGUUCCAUCCGGCAUAUACAUAUCAUUCGACCAGGAAAAGACCAACAAGUGGAAUGUAGUGUCCUUGCUGUCAGAGUAGAAUUUAUUCACAGUUUGAAAGGAUUAUUAUACUGAAGUAGUACAUCCGUUCUAAGAGAGAUACUUAUGUAAUCAAAGCUCUACAACUUUGACAGUUGAUAUGGCAUAUUGAUUGUUGGAAAAUAAUACUGUAGCAUUACGUCAGUCAUUGAAUUAUUUAUAA